GUCAGAUAUUUAGACUGCUACAGCUUAAAAAACCUCAGUUCUUCUGCCUAACGCUCUAAAAUAAGCCUCGGACAAGUUCUGUGAAACACAGUGCCUAAUUCUUUCCUUUUAGUUAAUCGUCACAGUAAGGAUGAUGACUUGCUGGGCUGGACUGCUCUUACUGUCAUUGUGCAUGGUCACUUCCCUGGUAAUGACCAAGGCCCAGUUGUUUGCGGAUGGGACAGACUGCACAGAUAUAAAAAACAAAUCUCCAUAUGCAUCUAGUGGCAUCUAUACCAUCAAGCCACCUGGAACUAAAAAUCCAUUCCGGGUUUACUGUCAAAUGCAGAAGGAUGGAGGCUGGACUGUUAUCCAGAGAAGGUCUGGUGGAAGUCUUUCCUUCGAGAGAAACUGGAAAGAUUAUAAGAAUGGGUUUGGAAAUAUUAAGUAUGACCACUGGCUGGGCCUCACCAAGAUAUGGGCUCUAACCAAAAGCAAGCAUCAUAAAUCAACGCUCAGAGUAGAUCUGUGGGACUUUGAAGAUAAUUCUAACUAUGCUAGUUACCAAGAUUUUAGGAUCGGUGGUGAGAAAACUGCCUACCAGCUGCAUGUUGGGAAAUACCAGGGCACUGCAGGUGAUGCUAUCCGUGGGGCAUAUGCUGGCAUUGACCAGAAUACCCAUGGUUUCAGUACACAUGAUCGUGACAACGAUGGCUGCUCCCCAUGCAUUUAUGGAGAUAUUGCAUUUAAUAGCUGCAGCAGAAGAGAAUCUGGAGGUUGGUGGUUCAGUAAGUGUGGCUCAGCUAACCUGAAUGGUGUUUGGAAUUCUGAGGGAAAUAAUCGGGGAUGGGUAUCUGGCCUCCACUGGCGCACCUGGAAAUCCCCUGAGCCAUACUCAGCUAAGAAAACACGCAUGAUGGUCAAGACCAUUCAACAGGCAUAGGUGCAUCUACAGCAAGCAACAAAAUUAUAUAUUGCUUUUUUAGUUUUUAACAGACAGUGAACAUACACUAUUUCAUUAGUCUGUAUAAUUUCAUUUUGCAUGGGUUUCCUCCAUGUUUUCCAAUUCCAUAAACAUGAAUAUAGGCUAAUUGGCUAUAGAAAAUUCCCCAGAAGUGUAAUUAGUAUGUAACUAUUUAUGUGUUUUGCAAUGGACUGGUGUCAUCUGCAGGGUGAAUUCUUCCACCAGGAUUGGCCUCAGAUUCACCAUGAACACAACCAAGCGGUUACUAAGCAUGAAUGAAUACAAGUAUAUUUUCACUAUUAACGUUGUUUACUAAACUGCUUUCUGUUUAAAAUGAUGAGUGUGACUAUAUUCAAUACAGUUCAUGAUUUGGCAUUCUAUUUUAAAUUUUAAAUGUGUUCAAGUUGAUGAAAUAUUUCCUUACAGUUGUUCAUGGAAUAAAAGCUGUGUUUCACUAAGCAGUAAUAACUAACACUGUAUUUUGGUUUGAAUAAGAACUAGGUCCCUUUUCAAGGUCCAGUUAUGGGCCUUGCCACAUAUUCAUUGUGAGAGAAACACACACCAUCGUCAUACUUGGAUAUUCAUUUAGUUUAGCAACAACAGUUAGUCAGUCCCUAGCUUAAAAUCCCAUUUUCUGCUACCUUACAAACACACCUCUAUUGUACACAGAGGUUAAAGUCCUUGGUAAUGGUGUGUGUCUUUAUUCUGUUUGUCCAUUUUAAAGGAACUAUGCAUUUAUGAAUUAAAAGCUUUUGAAUAUAUUCUGUUAUAGUGACUUUCUGACAAUGCAAGUAAUAAAAUGCUUUCAAGGCUUUAA